CGUCCCCCCUCCGUCGUCUCCUCUCCUCCCGAUAAAAGGACCCCGAUCUUCGCUCCGUUCCCCUCGCCGAUCGAUCCAGCUCAACAAACCAUUCCCCAUUUCUCUCCUCCCCCAUCCACCCAAGCCAGCCAGCCAGCCUCUCUCUCGUACCGCGACGUACGCGCGGACUCUCCGGACCAGACACAGACACAGCCCGUUCGUUUCCCAUGGCGCAGCGCGACCACAGCAAGGAGGAGCCGACGGAGGUGCGGGCGCCGGAGAUCACGCUCUGCGCCAACCGCUGCGGCUUCCCGGGCAACCCGGCCACGCAGAACCUCUGCCAGAGCUGCUUCCUCGCCGUCGCACGCCCGUCCUCGCCCUCCUCCUCCAUGCCCGCGGCAGUCUCCGUCUCGACCCCCGCGGCGGUCGUCGACAGGCCGAGGCCGGCGCAGGUUGACCUCUCGCCGUCCAGCCCCGCCGUUGACCUGGCGGCCCCGGCGCCAACGGAGGUGAAGACGGCCAAGACGUCUGUGAACCGGUGCUCCAGCUGCCGGAAGCGCGUGGGACUGACCGGGUUCCGGUGCCGCUGCGACCGGACGUUCUGCGGCGAGCACCGGUACUCGGACCGCCACGGCUGCACCUUCGACUACAGGGCCGCCGCCAGGGACGCCAUCGCCAGGGACAACCCCGUGGUGCGCGCGCCCAAGAUCGUCAGGUUCUGAGGGAGAAUCGAUGGAACUUGGCCGAAGGCAAAGCAUGUGGGCUGUGUUAUUAUGCUGUUCUUCAAAGUGUUUCCCUUUUAAAUUUUAUAAAUUGGAAAAUGGGGAGGUAUUGAGAGGUGGGAAAUGGGAGAGAAUGGCGUGUAAUAUAAUGAACCGGUGGUUGAGGCGAUUGGGAAAAGAAAUGGAUUUGGAUGUGUAUGUUCCACGCAAAUUAAUCAUCUGGCCAAUUCUUUUCUCUGUGCAACAUAAUUUAGCAUUUGUCUUCAUUUCGUUUCUCACAGAAUAUAUAUAAAUCAUCAUGAUUGCUCAAUCAUUGACGGAAUCAAAAUGAGUAGCUAGCUUGAUUGAUUGCCAAA